GACGAGGUGGGGAAUUAGGAUAUGUUCGGGACGUCGAACUGUCUGUCGAACAGUUUUACGUUAACCUGCUCGGAACAAGACUGGUAUUGUACUCUUCGCUGCGCAGCGCAUCGUGUCGGGUACCCAUACGAAUAUAUCUACUACAUGCAUAUAGACGGAGAGCUCCAAGGGACAUUAUGCGUUUCGACGUCGGAAUCUUGGUGAACAUCCUGACGGCGGCGGCAAUCGGUCUGUCGAUCGUGUUCGACCGGCCGGCGGCCGUACGGGCAGCGUUGCCGUCCAAGAAAGCCGAGUCGUUUAGCGUGUGGUUCCACGCGGAGCCCAACCAACCCCGGAAAAAAGACAUGAAGCCCGUCAAGCUCAACAGGCUCAUCGGGUCGGAUUACAAUGAGAUGUGGAUGAGCAAAACGCCGAUAAUAGCGGCAGCGGAAAACGAUACGGGUGCGUUCAAUGACAGGUCGAAGACGAUAAGACCAGACAACCUCGAACUUCCGGAACAACUUCCUGUGCAAUACCAAGAGAUGAUGCGCACGUGGUUGGUGAACAGAGGCUCGUGUCCAGUCGAAUACGUGUGGAUUGACUUGGGAAAGUCAUUUUGGCCAAGAUGGAUAAAAAAGGGUAGAUGUGGUCGAUCUGAAAUGAUGAGUUGCAGUUGGCCGCCCGGCAUGUCAUGCAUGCCCUCGUCCAUCAGAGUCCUUAACCUGUUGCGAUGGCACUGUUGGUUGAAAAACAGGAAAAAUAAAAGAAAACAGCGGGGUAAGAAAAUGAUGGAAUCAGUGGUUGACGACGAGACAACCGGACGAGCGCAGAGAGGCAGGAGAUCGAGCAAUAGAAAACAAAAGAAGAAGGAUAACAAGUUCAGAUGUCUUUGGAUCAAAGUACCGUAUCCGGUGACCGAAGACUGUACGUGCUCGUGUAGAAAAUUCGACGAAUAGUCUUUACAGCAUACACACACACACACACACACACACACACACAUAUAAAUAUAUAUUUACCUCGAAAACAUGUCAUUAUACCUAUACGAGUUGAAUGAAUCGUUUAGUGUUACGUUCUUGAAUAAAACUGUAAGUACAUUAAAAUAAUGCUAAAUGCAGUAUUGGCAUUAUUAACUCGUUAUCAGUACUAUACAUUUGUAUCGAUAACACUAUUGUAAAAUAGAUUUUUUUUUUUAAAAAUUA